AUGCUUGGUGUACUUUGCGCACGCCCCAAGCCGAACUGGAUCCUCAACUCUCUCUUCACUCAUUUCAAUCUCAACCACCAGCACAACAGUAACAACCGCCUUUCUCUACCCCUCUCCGAUUCCUCCACCGCGGCUCGCCGCCACCAAUCUAGCUUGUGCAGCGCUGAUUCCGGCGGAGGGGGAGCGGCGGCGAUAUGGCACGUGAUCCAGCCCGCGGACUGGCGGAGGAGGAGAGAGAGGAGGAGUGUGAGAGGGGAGGGGUCGUGGAACGUGGCGUGGGAUGGGAGACCGGCGAGGUGGCUCCACCGGCCUGAUUCGGCUUGGUUGUUGUUCGGCGUUUGUGCUUGCCUUGCUCCGGCGUUUGAGGUUUUGAAUGAUGUGAAUAUCGAGGAAGGUGGAAAUUUUGUUGUUGAUGUUGAUCAUCAGGAGAAGGAGAGAAUUGACGGUGGUGAUUUGAUUGCGAAUGCAGUGAAUUCUGAUGACGUGAAACAGGAUAGCAGUGACUCUGCUGCUGGUUCUGAUUAUAAAGUUACAGGGGUGCUGGCGGAUGGGCGAUGUCUAUUUAGAGCAAUAGCUCAUAUGGCAUGUUUGAGAAAUGGAGAAGAAGCUCCUGAUGAAAAUCGCCAAAGAGAACUUGCUGAUGAAUUAAGAGCUCAAGUUGUUGAUGAGCUUUUAAAGAGGCGGGAAGAAACUGAAUGGUUUAUUGAAGGAGAUUUCGAUGCAUAUGUCAAGAGAAUUCAACAACCUUAUGUAUGGGGUGGGGAACCGGAGUUGUUAAUGGCUUCUUAUGUUUUAAAGACAAUGAUAUCAGUGUUCAUGAGAGACAGGACAACGGGUAAUUUGGCUAACAUAGCAAAUUACGGUGAAGAGUACCGGAAAGAUGAAGUCAUUCCUAUUAAUGUGCUGUUUCAUGGAUAUGGUCACUAUGACAUCCUGGAGACAACCCCGGGUCAGAGUUACCAGAAAGUGGACAUGUAG